AUGGCGGAUAGCGGACUGACGUUGGAAAACCUUGUCGAUGACAGAAAUUACGCGCUGGGGGGGUCCGACCGCGUGAGGGCAGAAAACAAAGCUCUUCUCGAUGAGCUUGACAGAAAAAAACGAGCGAGGACUAUGGCAGUUCCCACAGACGAUAGUCGUGUCAAGGCCAGGUUGCGUGAGAUUGGAGAACCUAUCACCCUCUUUGGAGAACGCGCUGCAGAUCGUCGUGACCGCUUGAUUUACGUGUUGUCUCAGAUUCGUGCUGCCCGAGGGGGAGACGAUGAUAUUGAGAUGGAGGAUGAAUCAAGCUCCAGCGAUGAGGAGGCAAAAAGAAGAGGAGUUCUACACGGAAGGUUCACUGGAGCUUCUAGAGGCUCGCAGAAAAAUAGCCGAAUAUUCAUUACCCAGGUCACUACCACUCCCAGACUUUACCGAGUUGCCCAGCAGCGAGAAGAAAGUCGUCUUCCACUCGGGAAAAUUAUAGAUACUCGUAAACGAGUGUUCGGUGAGGUUAAGAAAUUUGCUACCUAUGGGUCGCAAAUUGGGGAUGAGCGUCCGAUAUCUCAGGUUCGCUUUUCUCCCAACGGGAAAUUACUGGCCACUGGAAGUUGGUCGGGAAAUGUCAAGUUGUGGAAUGUUCCUGCUUGCGAUCUCGCAAAGCCCUAUCGAGGUGGGAAAGCAUUUGCCGAAAAGUGUGGUGUUGCUUGGCACCCACAAGCCACGCUAUCUCAGAGCGCGGAUGCUAUAAAUCUAGCCACAGGUGGGGCGGAUUUAGAAGUCAGCUUAUGGUCACUAAAUAGUGACAAAGCCCUUCAUACUCUCAAAGGUCACGCAGAUCGAGUUUGCCGGGUGGCAUUUCAUCCCUCUGGCCAAUAUCUGGCUAGCGCGAGUUAUGAUGGAUCCUGGCGAUUGUGGGACGCUUCUACCGGUCAAAAUACUAGCUCGUAUGUUUCAGACAGACAGUUGUUAUUCCAGGAAGGCCAUUCCAAGGAGGUUUACGCUGUACAGUUUCAGGAUGACGGUGCAUUAGUGGCCUCUGGUUACCAAAUUGCUACGGGCUCCGGAGAUAAUACGAUUCGUAUUUGGGACAUGCGUUCUUUGCGUGCACUUUAUACUAUCGGCGCACAUACUUCGAUUGUUUCUGACGUAUCGUUCUAUCGGCCCUUGGCGACAGGAGAUAUAUUUACCGACAUUGCGCGUAGUAGUAGCUCCACUGAUGUCAAAAUAGAGGACGGGGAAGAUGGAUCCAAGAUGGAAGAGGAUAAGCCUGCAAUAACAGACGAAAUUAUGGACGAUAGGAUCCCUUCAAAGUCUGUGGGUAACCUUCAUUUACCCAUCCCCGGAUUAUUCUUGGUUAGUUCGGGCUAUGAUGGGAUGGUCAAGGUAUGGAGCGCAGAUGACUGGCAGCUUGUCAAAGCUAUGUCCGCAGACGCUGGCAAAGUCAUGUCUGCAGACAUCUCAUCUGAUGGCCAAUUUAUUGCCAGUGGCUCGUGGAAUCGUUCAUACCAACUGUUCUCCAUGGAGAAUUAA